AUGAGCGGGGCUUCCACCUUCAAGACCACCCUACAUCUAAUCAAACGCGCUGUUCAAGUGACCGCGGGCGUGACCCUGUUUAAAGACAAAGUGGGGGAUCUCCGAUGGUGCGAAGGUGGGUCGAUGCUACCGACUCUGAACGUGACGGGAGAUUUACUGCUCCAGAUCCCGCUUUCGUCGGUCUUUAACUUCAGCUUGCGGAGAGACCGAGAGACAGAGAAGUCAAGCCAAGCCCUACGGAUGAGCGAGCCGACAACGAGUAGAUUGAACUUGAACAGGGGGGACUUGGUCAACUUUACCUCGCCCCUUAAUCCCUCCGUUUUGGCUUGUAAAAGGAUCCUUGGACUGCCUGGGGAUAAGAUCCUUGUCGAUGAUCACCCUCACAGUUUUAACCCUACUCCCGAUCUCCUUAAUACUCCAGGAUACGACUAUCAGUACUCUCGAAAAUCACUCUUGACUAUCCCUGAAGGCCAUCUGUGGCUACAAGGCGAUAACUAUGCCGUCAGUAUUGAUUCUCGUACGUACGGCCCCGUCCCUAUCGGCUUGGUCUCCGGUAAGAUUGUCGCUCGAGUCAGUGUUCUCUUCCUUCCUUUGUGA